AUGGGUGUUUCAUCACUCGUCGCGCUAGGAGCUCUCCUGGCCACCGUUUACCUCUGGCAACGCAAAUCCAAGAAGAGCCUGGGUGCACUACCGCCAGGCCCGAAACCUGUACCGUUGUUAGGCAAUAUCUUGGACCUAACUGCUAAAGAACUUUGGCUACCUGCGAUGAAGUGGGCGAAAGAGUUUGGAUCUGUCACGUACUUGCACGUACUCGGUCAAGGUCUCGUUUUCUUGAAUACCAGCGAAGCGGCGUUCGACUUGCUGGAGCGCAAGGGAUCUACCUACUCCGACAAGCCAUAUCUGGUGAUGGUCUGUGAGCUUUGUGGGUGUGAGAACAUGGUUGCGUUCACCCCCUACGGCGACCAGAGCAGGCGGCAACGUAAACUCCUGCACCGCGCGUUCGGUACCCAAGUUAUUCCGCAAUACUUCCCCCUCAUCGAAAACUCUACAAAAGCUUUCUUGCAACGCUUGCUCGUCGAUUCUAGCGAAUGGGUUAAACAUACUAAACUAUACGCUGGAAGUCUCACUCUUUCGACUGUCUACGGCUACGAACUUCGUUCCAGCGACGAUAAAUUCUUGAAGCUUGCUGAUGAAUGUGUGGACAUCCUUUCGAAUCGAAUUGCGUCAGGGGGAGGCAUUUGGCCCGUUGAUAUAUUCCCUUCACUCAAGAAACUUCCGCUAUGGGCUCCUGGAUCAGGUUUCCUUCAUAGUGCUCAGAAAUGGAAACGUAAGAUGGAAGAGUUCGUAGAUGAACCAUAUGAAUUUGUGAAGACGUCCUUGAAAUCCGGCACUGCUAAACCAUCGUUCUGCUCUACGCUCUUAUUGGAUGACGAGGAGAAGAGAUCGGAGACAUUCGAAUUCGACUUGAAAUGGACCGCCAAUUCGAUGUACUCUGCCAGCAUAGAUACCACCCUUACGGCUGUCUCGCACUUCCUUCUUGCCAUCAUGCAGUACCCUGCCGAGCUCGCCAAAGCACAGAAGGAGAUCGAUUCUGUUGUUGGUUCUGAUAGGCUCCCAACGUUCGCCGACAGGCCCUUCCUCCCCUACGUUGAGGCUCUGUAUAAGGAAACACUCCGAUGGGCCGCACCAGUGCCACUGAGUGAGAGAAUCGCUGCUUUCACAAGCUUGCUGGCGUAUUAA